AUUCUUGCAAAUGAAGGCCCCAGGGUAGAGGAAAUCAUCCAGCUUCUGGACUGGCGGGUGGAGUCUGACCACUACAUUUUGGUCCUAGAGCGGCCCGUUCCCUCUGAGGAACUGAACUGGUUUCUCCUGCGGCAAAUGGUGAACAUUGAAGAAGAUGUGUCAUGGGUCAUCAUGCGCCAGGCAACAUUCGCAGCUCAAACAUGCUGCCGACGUGGAGUGUUGCACCGGGAUAUUAAGAUGGAAAACAUUCUUAUUAACCCGGACACACUCAAAGUGAAAUUAAUUGACUUUGGGUGUGGUGAUUUCCUCGUCCUUACUGGUAUGUAUGAUUCCUCAAAGCUCACAAGAGAGUACUGCCCUCCUGAAUAUCUGAUGACCGGCCAGUACCACGGGGAACCAGCGACAUUGUGGUCUCUGGGGAUCCUCUUGUUUGCAUUGCUGUGUGGAGAUUUCCCAAAAAUACAAGUCCUGGAAAAGAUUAACAGUAACACCUGGGCCAAAGAUGGUUUGUCGAAAGAAUGCUGCGAUAUUAUUUGUCGCUGUCUGCAGUUUGACCCAAAGCAGCGGAUUGAACUGGAGAAACUCAGUCUCCACAACUGGUUUAUGAUGCUGGAUAACAUGAUCAUCAGCUCUUACUAA